AUGGACCAUUAAUUUGUACACUCGAAAAAUUAUCUAUGUAGUGCAGCUGCUUCAUAUAUAUAGUUUCUUUUGAAGGAUCAAUUUCUUCCUACUCUUAGGUGCUUAUUGGCCGUGGCUUACGCAUAAUUUUGCAGUAUCAAUCUAAUGUCAUAAUUCAUCUGGUAAGCAGUUGAAAAGAUGAAUACAGAUGAGAUGAAUAUUAGACGGGAGCUCGAAAGGGAUGUGGAGAGGGACUUGGAGGAUGAAAUUAAGGAAGGAAUUUGCCAAUUAGCACUAAGAUUGCAUAGGCUAUACAAAUAUCAAGAGGAAAGGAACACAAAGAAAUCAGUUGAUGACAUUGGUACAAAAGGUAAAAACACUAAAGCACUAUCUGAAGUGAACAUAAAUAUAAAGAUGGAAGGAGGGACAAAGAUUGAAAUAAAAGAAAUCAAGAAAGAAGCACGUCGGAGUUCUAAGGCGUCGAGUAACGUACAGAAAAUGGUUAGUCGUCCGCCGAAAUUUGACUGGACACAAAGUUUAAGGUCUGGACCGACUCCCAUUACUGGUUAUAAUAAGAUUGAUAAUUUCAGAAAUCGAGCUAAAAGUAUUGUCAAUAAGAGCGGUCAACAGAAUGUUAAAGUCGUUAAAAAUGUUGGGAAACAAUCUAUCAGAGUUUUGAAGUAGAUGGAGGAGAGUUUAAUAUUGGACGCCAAUAACACAAUGCUAAAGUUUAUUAUUGUUUUGGUCUUUUCCUUAAACCAAUUUUGGGAUUUUAUUCUUGUUUGAUUCAGCAGGGGUACUAUAUAGGUUGUGUGAUAUAAUAAGCCUCUAAGGACUGGCAUUGACAAUAACAUAUUUGUUGUGAUAUUAUUGAAUUUGAGGAUUAAAGUGA